CAAAAUGCCCUUAAAACCGCUGUUGCAACCGUUAGUUGGUGCGUCAGCCGCAUGCCCGGCCCAAACUUCCCCCAUUGCGCACCAGUAAAUAUAAACUCCCUACAAUCCUCACAGCCACUGAUGCCUGCCUCUGGAGGCCACUCAGUUCAAUGAGCACCUCCUCAACCCCUAUUUCCUUAUCCUGGUCCCCAAAAGGCGUCGAGAGCUUGCUAUCGUCUCUUGUUCUAGCGCAGAUCUCACAUCUAAUCUGUCACCGCCAAUCGCACACUCUGUCCCUGCCAAGCAUAAUUCGCAUGCCCAGCGUUAGCUGUCAGUCUAAUGUCAUGAAGUGCAGUUUGUGUGAGUGUCUACUCGCGUGUUUACAUAAGGACACCCAGGUAGUUGUACCACCAGGAGCAACAUGGAAGGCCUGGUGCUCUACGCCAGAGGUGCGGUUGACACCCCGAAUUUAUUUUGCGAUAAGCCACCCCACGUUCUGUUUAUGCCGCACGUGCAUUGACAGGUGGAUGCAAACGAUCGCUAGUAUUGUCUGCAGAUCGGACGGCUAUAGCUAUUGAUGGACUCGACCUCCACAGACCGGUGCUCAUGUGUCUUGGGAACACUACACAUUGUCUGGGGUGGCACCUUGCUUUCUUCUGUGGGUCGGUGUAUUCGCC